AUGGAUCCAAACAAGCCGCGAUUCCGAGGCUUCCCUGGCUUCCCCGGUACCACCCGGGUGCCUUGGCUGCAUCAGCAGGCUCGGGGUAGGGGGCUACUAACAGAGGAACCGGGUGUAGGACGGGCCCGGGGACUGCAGUUGCCAGAGGAGCCAGGCUUUGGGCGUGCCAGGGGAUUGCCCUUGCCUACUGCUGCGUCCGCAGUGCACUAUGGGAGAGGGGCCCCACUCCCCGGUGGGGAGCACCAAGCAGGUUUUGGCCGCGGAUUGGCCUUGCCUGUCGAAGAGCGUGGAUUGGGCCGUGCAAGAGGGCUGCUCCUCUCCGCUGUGGAGCCAACCAUGGGCCUGCCAGGAGCGAAACUCAGCCAGGAGACUGGCUUUGGAGACGUAGGGCAGAAGGUCCCCACAGGCCAGCCGGCUGGUUCAGACCUUCCUGAGGACGUGCCAAGUCUGCAGGCAGAAGUGGUAGAAGCACCUCAAGUCAAGCAGGUGGAAGUGCCCACCCCUGCACCAACAUUAGUGUCCAUGUUUCGGGGGAUGGGGAUCGAGCCUGCAAAGACUUCCUGGGGGAGGGGAGUACCAGCUGUGGGGCGGGCCCCGGUCGGAGAUUUGGGAGCAGAACCAAGGCCACUGGCAGCCCCUGCUGGAGACGGGAGCAUGGAGCGGAUGGGCCGUGGAAGCUUCCUGGGGCAGAUGGUUGGUGUUGGGCGAUCUGCGCUGUCACCCAUGAGCCGGGGGAGAGGGCCCACUGCAGCCGCCAUCUCUACCUCUCCACCCCCUGCUGCCCCCGCACCUGGACCCCCUGUAUCUCUGAGAGAAGAGGCCCCAGAGCCUGAAGGAGGCCCUCCUCUGCCGGCCGUGCUGAAGGGAGAGCUCCAGAUGGAGGUGCCUCACAAGCCAUUGGAGAAGAAGGGCACCAAGGGGAGCCCUCUCGCCAUUGGCUCAAAUCACAUCCCUAUCCGCUGCAAGAACGAGGCAGUGUUUCAGUACCACAUCACUUUCACGCCAAACGUGGAGUCUAUGAGCAUGCGGUUUGGGAUGAUGAAGGAGCACCGCUCCACCACGGGGGAGGUGAUCGCUUUCGAUGGCUCCAUCCUCUACCUGCCCAUCAGGCUGGACAAGGUGGUUCAUCUGAAGAGCCUGAGGCACACUGACAACCAAGAGGUUGAGAUCAAGAUCCAGAUGACCAAAAUCCUACCGCCCAGCUCAGACCUGUGCAUCCCCUUCUACAAUGUGGUUCUGAGAAGAGUAAUGAAGAUCUUGGGACUGAAACUGGUGGGGCGAAAUCAUUUUGACCCCAAAAGCGCAAUUAUUCUCGGAAAGCACAGGCUGCAGGUGUGGCCUGGUUACUCCACCUGCAUUAAGCGCACUGAUGGGGGCCUCUACCUGUCUGUGGACGUGUCCCACAAAGUGCUCCGCAACGACUCUGUGCUCGACGUCAUGAAUGUGAUCUAUCAGCAGAGCAGGGAGAGCUUCCAGGACGAGUGCACCAAGGAGCUGAUCGGUAGCAUCGUCAUCACCCGCUACAACAACCGCACUUACCGAAUCGACGACAUCGAGUGGGCCAAGUCCCCUAAAGACACCUUCACCAUGGCAGACGGAUCUCAGAUCUCUUUCAUCGAUUACUACAGAUGUGUUCUUGGUUUGAACAGCAAAAACUAUGGCAUUACUAUAAAAGAGCUGGAUCAGCCUUUGCUUGUGCAUCGGCCCAAAGAGAGGUCAAAGCCUGGAGGAAAGGUGAUAACAGGUGUGAUCCUCCUCCUGCCAGAGCUCUCCUUCAUGACUGGGAUCCCUGACAAAAUGAGGAAGGACUUCCGGGCCAUGAAGGACCUGACGAUGCACAUCAAUGUGAGUGGGGAGCAGCACACCCACUCACUGAAGCAGCUGCUCCAGAGCAUCAACAGCAACCAGGAGGCCCUGACGGAGCUGGGCCGCUGGGGCCUGGCCAUCAGCACUGACAUCCUGGUGACUGAAGGGAGGACCCUACCUCUGGAGACAAUCUACCUGCAGUCGGCCUCCUUCAUGACUCCUGCUGACGUCGGCUGGUCCAGGGAAGUGGUCAGGGACGCCUCCAUCAGCUGUAUUCCCCUCAACUGUUGGGCUGUGUUCUACCCGCGGCGCUGCACGGACCAGGCCGAGGAGCUGGUGGCCACCUUCGGGAAAGUGGCCGGGCCCAUGGGGCUGCGGCUGCACCGGCCCAUCCAUGUGGAGCUGAAGGAUGACCGUACCGAGACCUACAUCAAGAGCAUCCACUCCCAGUUGACCAGUGAGCCCCACACGCAGCUGGUGGUGUGCAUCAUGACCGGGAACAGAGAUGACCUGUACAGUGCCAUCAAGAAGCUCUGCUGCGUCCAGAAUCCCGUUCCCUCUCAGAAACAUCUGAUGGUGAUUGGAGUUGACGUUCAUCAUGACACCAGCAAGAAGAGCAGAUCAGUCAUGGGAUUUGUGGCUAGCCUGAACAAUUCAUUGACCAGGUGGUAUUCGAGAGUGACGUUCCAGAUGCCCAAUGAGGAGGUAAUCAACGGAUUCAGAGUGUGCCUGCUUGCGGCUCUGCAGAAGUACUAUGAGGUGAAUCACAGCCUCCCUGAGAAGAUUGUGGUGUAUCGUGACGGGGUGUCCGACGGCCAGCUUAAGAUGGUGGAGCAGUUUGAGAUUCCACAGCUGCUCAAAUGCUUUGAGACGUUCCCCAACUACGAGCCCAAGCUGGCGUUCAUCGUAGUGCAGAAGAGGAUCAGGUAG